CCUGUCAGCAGUCUCAGAGUUACAGCUCAGCUAAUAUGUUUCAAUUAUGUAAAAUAAAUAAAUAUACACUAAACAAAACAUUUUUAUUUAUUUAUAUAAUUCAGUUUUAUUGUAUAAUUUUACACAGACAUGUUUUUAUUCACUAAUUUGUGCCUUUAGUGUCAGAGUUGAUGUGCGUCACCUCGGUGUAUUAAAGCUAUUUAUCCGGUAAGUCCGGCUAGCUGGGGGCUAAGCUAACGGCUAAGCUAGGUUAACUCUUCGUUGAUUAGCGUUAGCUUUUUUUCAGCAUCGUGGACCAGCGGUACUUUCCUUCUACCGGCUCCGCUACCUGAGCUUUUCCUGAACUGAACCGGAACUUAAGGAAAAGCUCAAGAUUAAAACAGUUAUGGAUCCUAUGAGUCGGCUGAACCUCAUGCACCUUCAGGAUCCGCUUCCCAAGCCUCUGGAUCUCACCAAGCAGAUCUCCGAAGCUCUGAAUUUGGUGAAGAACAAGCCGAGGCAGAGCAGCCGUGCCUCAGGGACCAACACCAUCUGUUCUCCUCCUAGCUCAGAGUUCAGUUAUGAGUCUGUGUGUGUGCCUUUAAACACCUCACUACCAAACGGACACACCCACACACCGGUAGUAACCGGUACGAAAAACGGCCAGACUGAUGGUGUGACUGUACAAGGACUCGAGCGGAACAGAGGAGAAGGGGAAAGAGAAAAGAACGGUGCAGGAUUUCGGGACACUCCUUCAUCACGAUCACAUUCCCGGUUCUCGGGAACACCGUCGUCAGGCUUUUUGGGAUCAGGACACACAGAAUGCGUUUCCAGUGACGACAGCAGCGUGAUCGAGGUGCCUGUGAACGUUAAGACACACGGAGUUUCAAAAGACAAGAAACGGAAAAAAGAAGAAAGGACAGAACAUUCUUCUGCACAGCUGAUAGAAUGUCACGUGCUCCAGGAUAGUGACUCGCUGGAGUCCAGGAACGUAGCAUCCACCUCAGAGGCAGAAAAUGAGGCAAAGAAUGGAUCAAGCCAGAUGACCGCGCCGGCGACAAAGAAAACUAGAAACAAACAGCACAUGAGGUCUUCAGCAGGCAAGAAAGAAACAGCGAGUGCAGUGAAGAGGAGGAGGCAGAAGAAGAAGCGCUCUGGUUUAUCCUCGUCUCCGUGUGCGUUUCCGUCUCAUGAACCUGAGAUUAAGCUGAAGUUCUCAAGCCGCAAGGAGGAGAAGCGAGAGGGAAGCCGAGGGAACACCUUUACCCCAUAUGUCCGUAUGCAGUUCUCUGUCUGCACUGUUGUCAACUAUGAGGAAGACUUCAAGGAGAAAAAGCAGCGACAACCCACAGCUUCCCCGGGGAUCGUUCCCAGCACGUCGUGUUUGCAGCUGGGUCGCCUUGGGACAGAGGGAAAGCACCAGAGUGGCGAGCUGUGCUGCCUGUGUGGCCGGUCGGCCAAUGCCGCAGGAUUGGGAGACCUGCAUGGGCCGUACAAUCCCUGCACACAGGGCAAGACGACUUCAGAAGAUGUCCUGAUAAAUGGACACGAGGAUGUUGAAGCAAAGAUGAAGAGAAGGUCAGACGAGAUCGGGGAGCGCUGGGUUCACGAGGACUGCAGUAUCUGGUCAGCGGGGGUUUUUCUUGUUAAAGGAAGGCUGUACGGGCUGGACGAGGCACUCCAGGUCGCACAACACGCUGUGUGCUCGUGUUGCCACAGGUGUGGUGCCACUCUGGGAUGUUUCUUCAGAGGCUGCCCAAAUAAAUACCACUUUCCCUGCGCUCUCCAGGCCGACUGUGUGUUUAAUGAGGAAAACUUUACUCUGAGAUGUCCAAAGCACAAGAAUAAAUCAGGACUCGGUGCGAGCCAACCGCGGAACAUGUAACUGUGAACUCCAGCAUGAUUUGGAGCAAGGGUUUUUCCCCUCUUCCACAUAAAGUAUUAAGGUGUUUACGCUUUCCUCAAACAGAGGAAGGUCUCUGAACCGAACUGCCUUCACCUUCACUGUCGCUGCCUUUUUUAGAAAAAAGAUUUUAAACACAGCUGAAGGAUCCACACACGUCCUGCUACGCCUUAUUCCUCUAGCUAAAGUCUGGCUGAUUCCACAGCCUCGUGUUCCUUUAUUUGUUUUUUUCAUACUGAGGUUUUUUUUUUGUUGUUAUUGCCUUGUUGUAUUUUUGCAGCUUUUUCACCCAAAUGGUGUUCAGGGUUUUUUUUUUUAUACUUAAGGAAAACAGGUGCUGGAUUUUAUUAAAUUUUUUAAACAUGAGCCAUAUGUAUUUUUAUGAUUUCAUUGUGAAUGUAAGCGAUAAUAAUUCGGACUGUUCAUUAUUCCACUGUUAUUGUUUUUCUUUGUUGAGGAAUUCCAGUUUUUGGUCUGUGUUUAAUGCCGGGCCGAGAAGUUGGACGGAUCGGGUCGGGUGAGGUCUUCUCAGACGCUGCUGUGUGCACUAGACAAGAACGUAUUUAAUUUUAUUUAUGUUUGAUUAACACUUGGUGUUUAUAUUGGCAGAUAAACAAACCUCAGCUGAAAAGAAUACACACUUUUUGGCACUUUAUAAAUGCAGGGAUUAUUAUUAUUAUUAAUAUUAUUAUUAUUAUUGUUGUUGUUCAGGUGAACAGACAUGACAUCUGUGUUGGAUUUGGAGAAAGUGUGUGUAGAAGUUCAACCAAUGCCUUUUUUAAAAAUGUCUUAAGUUUAAUAAACCUUUUUACAGUU